CUUGGUCCUUCAUAGAUUUAGUUUCCUUGGUGAUUGCUUUGACGGCUUAUUGGUAUUUGAAUGAUAAACUGGUGAAGAGCUCACGUGUAGAUUUGAACGUUAGAAAGUGCGAUUUGCGAAAGGUGCUAAAUCAAUUCUGUAACAAUUGAGCUGACCAUUGAAAAGAAUAAUCGGUACAUUGUGACAAGGGUGUCCUAGAUUUCAACAACAUAAAAUAUGCAGCGAGAAUUUUACACGUCUUGCAUAAAAGUAAACGGGAUACCUCUUCUGCCACCAUUAAUGACAGACAGUAUCAAAGAAGAGAUGAAACAUUACAAAUCUUUAGCUGUUAAAGUGGAGGAAAGGUUAAAAGUCAAACAAUCAGUGAAACGCACCAUUAAAAAUAAAUGCGUACAAGCCAACAUAGCAGAAUCUACAAAUCAAUCAAAGAAUCUAACCAAAUAUAGUUCAGAUAGCGAUUUAUCCAAUUAUAAUACUACGAGCGAUACCAAUAACAGUGAUUCAUAUUCCAAAGUUACUAUUGUUGAGCCUGCGCCAAUGAUACAGGUCACUGAUGAAGCAAGAGACAAGCUUGAGAUUCAGUCUCCCAUGUCAGAUGUACCUUUGCAACCUCAUUUAUCUCCAACCAACAAUACUCUUGAUGAUUCGGAGCCUGCAACUGUAAAGACUGAUCAGACAGAAUGCACAAAUACAAUGGUGGAAGUUUCAUCAUCAAAUGAAGACAAUUCGUCGUCGGAAAGCUGGAAACCUGAAGUACCCAAGACACUGGAUAUAGUUCCGAUAACUUUAAGCAAUCCCAAGUGUGAGAAAGACAACAUUGAGCCUCUCGUGAUGGUUGCCAAAGAAAAUGAGCAUCUACCCAAGCUGUCACGUCAAGGUUCUUAUGUAUUAGAUACACCCAGUCCUAUGUUACUUGCCCAUAUGCAUUCAGAAUUGACUGAUAAAAACUAUGUUCCUACACCCACUAGUGUUAAUCAAUCACAGCGGAAACAGUGGAAUAUCACGCAGUCCAAGGUGGAGUGGGAGAAGAAGCAGUUUCCAACAGAGACCAUUGAGAUGCCCGAAAAGCUGGAGACUAGGCACGAAUCGAAUCUUCAGCGUGCAGAGCCAGUCGCUUCCACAGAUUCAUAUCAAACGAACCAAUCUGCCGAUCGUACGGAGGGGGCAGUCGGUGAGGAACACACAGGCAGAUCUGAUGUCAUACAGAAUCAACAUAAUCGUACUCCUAGUGUCGAUUCAAAGGGCACAGGCACGUCGGAGAAAUCAAUGAGAGACGACAGUGUUUGCGUAUUGAAUUUAGUGAAUAAGUUGCAAGAGGCUGCGACAAUUGGCAACAGCCCCGAGACGCGAUCGCCAGAUAAAAUGAGACAUUACGACAAAAGCAAGGACACCAAGGAGCAUCGAGAUGCGCUCGUCAAGGCGAAGUCGUCCAUCGCGUCUGACAAGCUGCUGACGGUUUACAAAGAAAUCGAGGAAAUGCAUAAGAAGCAGAUGAUGGAGUUGAUAAAUCGUCAGCGGAAAGAGCAAUCAUUACUGCAGGCGGAAUUUCAGAAGCAGCAGAUGCUCCUGCUGGCAGAGAUACAGAAGUGCUCUGCCGCGUUACCGUGUCAAGCGUCGGAAGCCUCGAAUGUCACGCCAAAUGCCGCUUGCGAGAUGAGGCAGCGGUCGAGCGUGAGCUCCCCGAGAGGUUCACAUGCAGAUGUUCACUGCAGCAACAGCAAGUCGUCAUCGUCCGAGUCCCACGCGAACGUCAUCGUAUGUCCUCUGAAUUACAUUUCACCGAAGAACGUAUAUACGCCUAAACACCGCAGGUCGCCGUUCUACAUCACGGAUACGUCUCUCGCGGCCCCCAACUUGAAGUUUACGCGGCAAAUAGAUCCACGCGAUCCCGCGUAUGACGAUAGUGUUCAUAUCAACAAUAACAAUAAUAUUAACCACGAAAACGACGAUAACAGCGGCGCUCGCGAGUCGCGCGAUCGCAUCGUCUAUAAAAAUUCACCCGUGAACCGGCGGCUGUUCCCGUUGGACAGCAACACCACGCACGUACCGGUGCUAGACACCUCGGUGUAUCACGACAAACACGUACGGGCGAUAAAUAUCAUCAAUGCGUACGCAAGAGGCUACUUGACGCGCAGAUUGAUGCGCACCGAGCGCGUUAUCACGUUGAAAAAGAUCUACAAAGAGGCGUUGCACUGUAUGCUCAAGUUGCACGUCGACGCGCCUUUGAAUCUGGCGGAAGUAAACUUUCUCCAUCGUCUGCAGUUACAGUGCGACGCAGCAUCCUUGAACUUGGUAGAGCUGUUUGCCCAGUCUCCUGCAAAGAGGAUGAAGGUAAUAGCGCAGGAUCGCGAGAUCAGACAAUCUCGAGCGGAUCGCCCGGCUUCGGCUCGCUCGUACUCGUUCGCCACCCAAAAAACUCUGGCCAGGAAGAACCUGAAGGAAUUUGAAUCCACGAUGACCAAGUAUCAGCGACCGUUGGUAGCCACUAAGAAUAUCAUUCGGUCCAGAUGCCAAACUUGGACGUCGGAUAUAAGAGAGAGACUGGUGUCGCCGAAUACCUUGAUUGCAGACCAGAGCAUCAGGAGGAGCACCAGCACGGGGACCGUUCGCAAGCCGUGGCGAUGAUGACACGCAAGUGAGAGACUAGGAGAAGGAGAAAGAGAGAGAGAGAGAGAGUGCCUUAAUGACAUCGAUCAAACGACACACCAAUUUUAUCGUUAGAAUCGCGGACUUCCACGCGUAUCGCAUAGCUGUUGAGCCGAGAUAAUCAUAUUACCCGGGGAGCGCCUUUGCCGUUAGCCGUUGUCGCCUGAGGAAGAAAGCGCGCGCUGGUGCAUGAUUUUCUAAUGAAUAUAUUUUAUAUUAUCGUCAUCGAGUUCUAUUUCUUGACUGAUGUAAUUAAUACUCAUCUGUGAUAUGUGUACAUCUCCAAAUACGUCGCUUCCUACUUCAUAUAUUUAUUGAGGCUGAACCGAAGAUUUUUUAAUUGUACAUUAUGAUUAGGGGGGGCGUAUGCGCGCGGGCCAUAGACAAUGCCGAUUGUUUAUUUGAUCACCGCAGCGUGAAUUGUGUACAACAACAAGGCCAAUCCUUUAACGUGUAAUAAAGAUUACUUUUUUUCUCUAUA